GUUGAUUGUCACUGGUAGAGUUUCAACUCUCCCUUUAUGGGCUAUGUGUGUUCUUAUAUUUGUGGGAACAAAUGGUGAAACCUACUUCAACACAGUUUCUCUGGUGUCUUGUGUGCAAAAUUUCCCCAAGAGCCGGGGUCCUGUGGUUGGAAUUCUAAAGGGCUUUGCUGGGUUGAGUGGUGCUAUCUUGACACAAAUAUAUGCAAUGGUACAUUCCCCUGAUCAUGCAUCCUUAAUAUUUAUGGUUGCUGUAGGUCCAACAUUGGUAGCAAUAGGUCUCAUGUUCAUUGUUAGACCUGUUGGAGGUCACAAACAAGUUCGACCAUCAGAUGGAAAAAGCUUCACAUUUAUCUACAGUGUGUGCCUUGUAUUGGCUGCUUAUUUGAUGGGAGUCAUGGUUGUCCAAGAUCUAGUUCCUCUGAGUGAAACUGUUAUCACAAUGUUUACAGUUAUUCUCUUCAUUAUCCUACUUAUACCAAUUGUCAUUCCUAUCUGGUUGAGUUUUGGCUCAGAGCAAAAAACUCCAGAAGAAGAAGCACUUAUUCCAGAACCACACAAUAAAGAAGCAGGAAAAUCUCAAAUUGAUGCUGAUGAAGUAAUAUUAAGUGAGCUUGAAGAUGAGAAGCCUAAGGAAGUGGACUUGCUCCCUGCAUCAGAAAGGCAGAAGCGUAUAGCUCAAUUACAAUCAAGACUACUCCAAGCUGCUGCAGAAGGAGCAGUGAGGGUCAAGAGGAGGAGAGGACCACAUAGAGGAGAGGAUUUUACCUUGAGACAAGCUUUGGUUAAAGCAGACUUUUGGCUUCUUUUCAUUUCCAUGGUUUUAGGUUCUGGAUCCGGGUUGACUGUAAUUGACAAUCUGGGUCAGAUGAGCCAGUCUCUAGGAUAUGACAAUACCCAUAUAUUUGUCUCCAUGAUCAGUAUUUGGAACUUUCUUGGCCGUGUUGGAGGGGGUUACAUAUCUGAGGCUGUUGUGAGGGAUCAUGUUUAUCCAAGACCAACUGCAUUGGCUGCAUUUCAACUUGUUAUGACUGUUGGGCAUGUUUUCAUUGCAAUGGGAUGGCCAGGGGCAAUGUAUGUUGGCACUUUACUUGUUGGACUUGGUUAUGGGGCUCACUGGGCAAUUGUUCCAGCCACUGCCUCUGAGUUGUUUGGUUUGAGAAACUUUGGUGCAUUAUACAAUUUCAUUACUCUGGCAAACCCUGUAGGAACUCUUGUCUUCUCUAGUCUCAUUGCCAGCAGAAUCUAUGAUUAUGAAGCAGAGAAACAAGCUCAUCUUCAUCAUAACCAGAACAUAGGAUCAUUUAUGUCGCGUGUGCUUCAAGUUGGUGAGCCACUAAAGUGUGAAGGUUCCAUAUGCUUUUUCUUGACUUCCAUUAUCAUGGCAGGAUUCUGCAUUGUUGCAGCAGGCUUAUGCAUGGUUCUUGUAUUCCGAACCAAGAUUGUUUAUGCCAACUUAUAUGGAAAAUCUUCAACAAGUAGGCUUCGAUAAUUCUGCAUUGUAGUCUUUUGUUACAUGCAUUCUUUUCAAAGUAUUGUAGCUGGUUUGAAUUCAAGAAAGAUUGAAGAUGUAGAAGAACCAAGCAUCUGAAGCUGCCUUGAUGGUGAAAAACCAAAGAAGGGGGGAAUUUAAAACAAAAGAAAAAGGGAAAACAAAAACGAAGUCUUUGUUAAAGGGGGUGUUUUGCCAUUAGCCGCUACCACAUAGUUAUGUGUAUUCUUUUCCAAAUAUUUAUGUGUUGUAUUCUUUUCUUUUACAAGUAAACGUUUGAUUGGCGUUGGACACUUGUUGGUUUCUCCUCUUUUUCUAUCGGAAA